AUUAAUCAUGUCACUAAGAAGUGCAUCACUUCUCUACAACUCCGCUAAAGCUCUCAGAGCAUAUCAGCCCGUAGCGGUGACAUGUAAGCGAUAUCUUGGCGAAACAGCAAACACGUCAUUUGCACGUGGUAUAUUUCUGGGAGAACUGCGCGAGGAGGAGCUGUUCCCUUACCCUGAUGUACUGUCAGCCGAACAAAAGGAAACCAUCUCCAUGAUGAUGGAGGCAGGACACUCUUUCUUCCAGGAAACAAACGAUGCAGCUGGGAACGAUUCCAACGAGAAGAUCCCAGAAGAACAACUUGAUCAGAUGAGAGCUCUGGGCAUGUACGGCCUCAUGGUACCAGAAGAGUAUGGAGGUGUUGCUCUCACUAACACGAUGUACGCUAAAUUUGGAGAACUCACCGGCGAAUACGAUCUUGGUCUUGGUAUACACACUGGAGCACAUCAAAGUAUUGGCUACAAAGGAAUACUCCUGUACGGUAACGAGGAGCAGAAGGAGAAGUACCUCCCUUCCCUGGCGUCAGGAGAUGUGUUCGCUUGUUUCUGUCUUACUGAGCCUAGCAGCGGAUCUGAUGCUAGCUCCAUCAAAACGAGGGCAGUGCUGAAUGAGGCUGGUACACACUACGUUAUGAACGGUGCUAAAAUAUGGAUCAGUAACGGUGGAAUUGCAGAGAUCUUCACAGUUUUCGCUAAAACGCCUGGAAUAGACAAAAAGACUGGCGAACCUAAAGACAAAAUAACCGCAUUUAUUGUGGAGCGAGCCUUCGGGGGUGUCAGCCAUGGCCCACCAGAGAAGAAAAUGGGAAUUAAAUGUUCCAAUACUGCUGAAGUAUACUUCGAGAACUGUGAAAUUCCCGUGGAAAAUGUUCUUGGUGAAGAGGGAGGUGGUUUCAAGGUUGCCAUGAACAUCCUGAACAACGGCAGAUUUGGUAUGGGGGCGUGUCUAACUGGCACAAUGAAAAUGUUGAUUGCCAAAUCCACGGAUCACGCAAAUACCAGAAAACAGUUCGUUAGUAACCUCAGAGAAUACCAGGGAAUACAGCAGAAGAUCGCAAGGAUGAAUCUAUUGUGCUAUGCAAAUGAGUCGAUGGCGUACAUGCUGUGUGGAAACAUGGACAGGGGAGCUCCCGAGUAUCAACUGGAAGCAGCCAUCAGUAAGAUAUUUGCAAGUCAAGCAGCAUGGGACGUGUGCGAUGAAACUAUUCAGAUCUUAGGAGGAGCUGGUUUCAUGAAAGACGUUGGGAUUGAGAGGUGGAUGAGGGAUCUCAGAAUUUUCAGAAUAUUUGAGGGAACCAAUGAUAUUCUGAAACUUUUCGUUGCACUUAAUGGCGUACAAGAUAUUGGCAAGAAAUUGAAAAGUGCAGGUACAAUGGGUGCUAUGAUGGGGUUAAUGAAGAACAAGUUCUUACCAGCUGCCCCGCUGAAGUGCAACGUGCACUCAGAUCUAGCACCCUCAGUAGAUAUGCUGAGAGGAGACAUAUCAAAGUUCAGCGUGUCAGUCAGCGAACAGGUGAUAAAACACAAGAAGAAUAUAAUCUCGCAACAAGUUCUUCUAAACAGGGUCGCUGACGUGGCCAUUCUGCUCCAGAGCAUGGCCUCUGUUAUUAGUCGGUCUAACAACAUGGCUGAAAAGGGAGAUACCGGUGAGAUUGUGCUAGCAAACGCUUGGUGUGCAGAGAGUCACCAGAAGAUAAAAAUCCUACUCGACGAGAUGGGCGACAGCGAAAUCACCAAAGUAGACGAGGCUGUCCUUGCUGUAGGAAGAAUGGGACUGGAUGCUAACGGCUACCUUGCCAAGUCCCCCAUAGGCUGCUAAGUGUGGGAUGAAACACCAAUUAGGACACAUUUUCAGAGAGACUGUAUAGAAAUGUUAAGUUAAGCUUUAUAAUAUAAAGAAAUUGUAUUUCGUUUUGUAUUUUGCGAGACUUAGCCAUAAUUUGUUGCAUGGAACUUGUAACUUUAACUUAUUGUGACCCUCUUUACAUAAAUCCAUGGAUAAUAUCAUGUUCAGCAUAAUCAGCAUUUCCAACUAUUAUUAAACAGUAAUACACAUUACACAUCAUAAACUUUCGAGUGUCCGUACAUUCAAAUACGUUUUAUUAGAUGAGUUAAUUCUUAAUUAACUGCCAGCUCUUGAACUGCCAGUUCGAUAUUAUGAAUUUGAUAAUUUGAAGCUUACUAAAAUUAUAUACGUAAUAGUAGAUUUUGUGAGAUUUUCAAGUUUUUCUCGUAUUCCUGUAAUAUAAGAUAGUUUUAGUUUAUAGUCCGUAAAAUGUCUAGAUAUUGAUAAGUGGACUGAUAACCGUGCCUCUCUUUCAGUGCUGCUCGUGUUUAGUUGAUAUUAAUUGUGAUUCGUUGAAGAUAUGACGAUUUUAGUUAAACCCAAA